UAGCUGAGGGUUGAAAUCGAUACCGUUUCCAGGGUAACCAGUGGGUACGGUGGCCGACACACGGGCAAAGGUAUGGGCCAAGGCUAUCUGCUCGUGCGUUUUCAUGCUUUCCUGAAAAAAAGAAAGAGAUGAAGCGGCACCGGCGCCGCGCUUCACCUCCAUCUUGAUUUCUCGUAAAGCGACCCACCCAGCAGCAGUGUCACAGUAGUACGCUGUGCUCUCGUAUACGGCGGAAGAUCGAACUAAGCCAGGAAUCAUUACGAGAGGAAUCCAAACGACACAUCGUGCAGGAGUUUUACGAACAGUCAAUCAAGGAAGAAAGAUGAAGGGGAUGCUGGUGCCCGCACUGCUGGGCGUCUUGAUGGUCUGCCGGGUUCAAGCGGUGUCGGAGAGGCUCGAGUUGGCACCCGCUGGAGGAAGAUCAGAGCCGCAGGUUGCCACAUUGUGCGAGGCUGGAGAGGUGUAUCUGGCACAACACAUGGGAGAACAGGGACGCUGGGUCUCCUCGACCGACAAGAAGAGUUGCAUGACGGACAAGUUGGAGAUUCUCGAAUAUUGCAAGAAGGCUUACCCGAAAAGAGACAUUACCAACAUCGUAGAGUCGUCGCACUAUGUAAGGGUGAGCGGAUGGUGCAAGCCAGGAAGAACCAAAUGCAAAUUGUCACGUUGGGUCAAGCCGUACAGAUGUCUCGAGGGGCCGUUCCAAAGCGACGCUUUGCUCGUUCCGGAAGGCUGCCUGUUCGACCACCUUCACAAUCAGACGAAAUGCUGGGAAUCUCACAGGUGGAACGCGACCGCAGCAGACACCUGCAGAGAGAGGAAUAUGAAUCUGAGGAGCUUUGCAAUGCUGUUGCCCUGCGGAAUAUCCUUGUUCUCCGGCGUCGAAUUCGUGUGCUGUCCGAAACACCUCAAAGAAAAUUUGAAAGCCAAAAAACCGAUCGACUUGCCGAUUCCAAAGGGUGUGGACGAAGAUCUCGACGAAGAUGAAGAUGACCUUGAAGACGAUGAUGGCUUGGACACUGAUGCAGAUGAUGAAGAUGAUUCUGAAGCUGAUCCCGAAGAUGGACUCAAUGAUCAACCUGAUGAUGAUGAAAGUGACGAGGAAUAUCUCAAUGAUGAUUACAAUUACGACACUACAACAAGUCGAUUAUCAACAACAGUUUCAACUACGGAAAAACCGAAACAAGACGUAACUGCAAUGCCAUUGCCAGUUAGUACGAGCACACAACAAUCUUCGCAGUCACAGAGCACACCGGAUCCAUAUCUAACUCAUUUCGAUCCUCGUUCUGAGCACCAGAGCUACAAGCAAGCACAAAUGAGGCUCGAAGAGGUGCACAAGGAGAAAGUAACAAAAGUGAUGAAGGACUGGAGUGAUCUCGAGGAAAAGUAUCAGGAUAUUCGUGCCCACGAUCCAGUUGCUGCUGAUGCUUUCAAACGAUGGAUGACCGCGCGAUUCCAGGAAACUGUUGCUGCUCUAGAAGAGAGCGGUGCCGCGGAGAAGCAUCAAUUAAGCGCUAUGCAUCAGCAAAGAGUACAAGAAGCUGUUAAACAAAGGAACGAAGAAGCGAUGUCAUGUUAUACAGCUGCUUUGAACGAGACACCACCAAAUAUGCAUCGCAUUCAAAAAUGUCUCCAAAAAUUGCUUCGUGCUCUUCACAAAGAUAGGCACCAUACUAUUGCUCAUUACAAACAUCUGCUGGACAGCAGUUUGGAACAAGCUCAACGUGAAAAACCAGCAACCUUGGAGCACUUGGCGGAAAUCGAUAGAAUCACCAAUCAGAGCCUGUUGAUGUUAGAACGGUAUCCUGAUUUAAGCGCAAAAAUUGGCCGCCUUAUGGAUGAUUACGUUUUGGCCCUCAGGAGCAAAGAUGAGACUCCUGGACUGCUGUUAGCGAUGACACGAGAAGCGGAAGCAGCCAUUUUAGAUAAAUAUCAGGCCGACGUUACCAGUAAGCAACAAGAAAAAGAACAUCAAAAACAACUGGAACGAGCACGCAAGGAGCAACGCAAAGCUGAACGUGGUGAAUUACGUACAGAACAAGCACAACAAGAAGAAAGCGAUUCGAUAAAUGAUAAUAAAGAUAUUCAACAACAACCAGAGCAACCGGCAGCUAUGCACAGUGAAGGACUUGUUAGGGCAGCUCAUAGUUUGACACAUGACAUUUCCCAUUCUGAACCGGGUUAUUCUGUAAGAAGGGAGAUGUAUCACAGAGAAAGUCGAUCUGUCUACUUUACACUUGCAUUUGCUGGAAUUGCACUUAUGGCUGCAGCAGUGGUAGGUGUAGCAGUAUUCAAAAGACGCAGUGCAAGAAGCCCUCAUAGUCAGGGAUUUAUUGAAGUUGAUCAAGCGGCCACACCAGAGGAGCGGCAUGUUGCAAAUAUGCAAAUCAAUGGAUAUGAAAAUCCUACAUAUAAAUAUUUCGAGAUCAAAGAAUAAUUUAAUCACCUCGGUCUACAAGAGAUUUUAUUUGAAAUUGAUCUUUAAUUGUCCGUUCUCGCGUAUGUUCUUCAAGAAUCUCAUAGUAUUUUGUUAGUGUAAGAUAUUCAGGUUCGAGGUUCUUCCGAAGAUUCCGAAAAUAUAUAAAAUCUAUGUCUUAGUGAUAUAUGGAAUAAAAUCUGUCCAUAGACGAAUAGGUAUUGCGAUACGAUAUCAUUAUGUGUCACAUCUCUUUAUAAUAACUCGCGACGUUAUACGAAACAUAACGAUUUAUGAUAUAUAUAUAAAGCAAUUUUCAUAUAACAUCUAGUAGAUAGAAAUGUUAUGAGUCGAUUAUACACUCGUAUCAGAAUUAUCUACAAGACAAUUCGAAAGGGAAACAACAUGCCAAUGUGCCAUAUGGGAAGGGCGUAAUGUUGUCUUCGGAAGUAUCUCAUACACGUUGUUUUCGUUUGUCAUACAUGUUAUUAACAAAAUAAAUAAACAAAUAAACACAGGAAGGAGCGCUCAUAAACAAAUCUAAAGAAAAAAAAAAAAAAAAAGAAUCAUCACUCAUUAAUGUUAUACGCGAUAUCCUUCAAUUAGAAGGCUGUGGACUAUGAUCAAUUACGGACAUUGUUUUUUCAGCAAUAGGAAAUGCGUGUGCGUUAGAAGAAACGUAUCUCGUGAUGACGCAUUCAUAAUAUGCGUGCUGUUGCGCUCUUUGCUGUAUAUUUCUAAGUUCUGAUAUUUUUCGAGAUAGUAAAUGGCAAUAAAAGUAAAUGCAGCUUAAAUAAUACAAUGAAAAUAAGAAAAAAAUGUUAGCAGCGGUAGCGGCUUACACAGCAUAAAAAUAUAAUCCGAUUUAAAAAAAAAAAAAAAAACAUGAUAAGCAUAUUACAUAGCACUAUGCAAAAGUGUAUGCUCUACGAUACUCUUAAAAUAUCAGAACGGCGAUCAAUGCACGUUCACCUUCGUGAUUGCAGCUGUUUUUUCAUCUCCGUUCGAUUCCCACUGCCUGAUUUUUUCAGCGACCUUUUCAGUACUUAACGUCUACUUAGAUUAUACAACUUUAUACUUAUAAGAAAUUGAAUCAUGAACGUAUCUAAAGUUAUUAUGAGAAGCAAGAUAUUUUAUCAUUCCAUAACAAAUGUCCACUAUCUUAUCGAGGUGCUGCCCGAAUGUAUGCACGGAAAAUAUUCGGUAGCUUUGUUCGAUUCGGCCGAGUUAUCGUCGUGUUUCUUAAUCGAAAACGGACGAAUCGAAAGAAUCACGUCGAGGUUGCCGAAUAAGAGGAACAGUUCAACACAGGAGUUUUUUUGAGUGGCAUUAGUACCUCAGAUUUAGGUCGAAUAAGUGGCGAAUGUUAAAAGCAAGCGUGUUUCUGUCUUUUUUUUUAUUUCACCAAUUUUUUUUUCUCUCAAAAGAUGGUUCAUACAAUAACUAUCUUAGGAUUAUUAAUUAUAUAUGAUGACGAUAAUAUAUUACACGUUUAAUGCUUAUAUAUUUGUAUAUGGUCAAAAGAUAGUAGGCUGCGCUUUAGCCAGGGUCGCGUGGGAAAGCAUAGCUUUCGUUUGUUUUAAUAAAUAUUGCACGUUUUUUUAUUUAUAUUAUAUUUCUUUGUAUCAAUAAAUUAAUUAUAUUAAUACACACACACAUAUAUAUAUAUAUAUACAUACAUCAAUUUGAUAAGUGUUUAUAUAAUUAUAACAAAGAGUAACAAUAAUUUUAGUCGCGCAAGUGUUAUGUUAUUAACGAUGGUUUAAGAUGUUUUUAUUUAGAUACUAUUUAUAUCAAAAAAUUAUAUUUUCCUUCUCAUUUUCUUUUUAUUAUAAUAAAAUCGUUUGUUUUAUUUAUGUUAAUUUCGCUAAAAUAAAUUAAACGGAUGCGCAAACCGAGGACGUUGAACAAUAAUCCUUGGAUUCCUAAGCGCACGUGAAGCAGCUGCCUUCCUAUUUAGCGAGCAUAGUAGACUGUCUCACGCAACUCCGGUGGAAGAACGAGCCAACGAAAAAAAUAUAUACACAGGCACACACAUUCGCGCAUCGCUGAGUGUUAAAAAUAUUAUUUUAGAUAUAUUAAAAUGAUAGCAAUUAACCAUAUGUCUAUGGAGAUACAACAAAAGCAUAGCAUCAAUGCGUUAAUAAUAAUAUAAAUAUCUAUAUAUAUAUAUAUAUAUAAAUAUAUAUGUUCAUGUGUGUAUGUGUGUGUGUGUGUGUGUAAUAUAUGAACAAUAUAUAUACAUAGAUAUAUAUAUACAUAUGCAUAUACAUGUACACCUAUCAAAUUAACUAUACAUUAUGUACCUAUAGCAUAUAGUCGUUAAAUGACAAGAAAAAAAAAACAUUGACACGUCGCGUAAUAAAAAAAAUUUGACUUGAUACGGAUUCACAGAUAUUGAUGAAAGAAAACAUGUUGUUGUCUCUAGAAAAAGAAAAAAAAAACACAAAAAUGCUAUUUUUUUUUUUUUUUAAUUGUUAAUAAUCAUUCCAAUUAUAAUUUUUAUUUAAUGUAAAAUAAAAAAAAAGAAUGAAGAUGGUAUGCGACCAUAUGACAAUUGGCCUACGUUGGCGGAUGUGCUAUUGUUUAUCAUAUAUUAUAUUUGUCAAAAGAUAUGAUGCGAAUAGCACCUGUAAUGCUUGCCAAAUUUAUCUCGUAUACCAUCUUUUAAAUAACAUAAUUAUAAAAAAUUUGAAUUAGUAAUAACAAAAUUUUGUACAUGGCAAAAAAAAAGAAUAUCCAUUCCAAUGGAGUUUUGAUAAAAGAAUACUCGAGUAGCAUACGAGAACAUAAUGUUAUUUCAAUUAUAAUUGUAUUGAUCAAAGAAUUUAAAGAAAAAUUAAUCAUCAAUAUUCAAGCUUGAAAACUAGAAGCAUAUCAGUUUUUAGUCUAUUCGUUUUAACGAUAGAGCCAUGUCAUUUUUUCACUUCAAGAUAUUGUGAAUUUGCAUCGAGUCACUUUGUAUAAGUUUAAGAAUUGAUUUUUGUAAAGAGGUAAUAAAUAUUUACCGUAAUUAAUUAAACUUUAGCUUAAAGAAAAGAAAAAUAAAUGGAAAAAAGACAUGUGAGAAGUGAGGAAAAGAAAGAAGAAAAAAAUAAGAAUGAAGGAACAAAAGAAAAAAAUAAUACGUCCUUUGCGUAGCGGUUCGGAUUUAGAAGUUGGCGAAAAUGGGAAUAAUAACGGAACUAAACUUUAUUUUUGCAGUUCUUUCGGUAUAGAUCGAUUCUUACGAUUUUAUCGUGUCUUUAAUGAACUUUAAUAUCGUAAUAAUGAUGAAAUACAAGAAUCCGAUUGUACGUGCAAUAUAUCAAUACUCGUGUAUUUACACGCCUAUACACAGCGCUAUAUAUAGUUUUCGAUCUUACGUCUUACGCAUUUGUUAGCAUUUAAAACAAAGUGAUUUUAUGUUUAAAUUAAAAUUCUACUUGAUAUCAUCAUAUUUUUAUGUUACAUAUUUUUGUUGCAUUAUUCAUUAUUGUUUUAAUUAUCGGCAAUUGAAUCAUUUGAUUAAUAAUAAAAUAUUUGGUUUUGUAUAAACGGAUUGAUUGACGUAAAAUGAAAUCAACGUCGGAUUAGAUAAAAAUUGAUAUUUCAUAAAUAUCGCCCAUUUGGUCGAAAAUAAAAAUACACAAAUAAUAGAAAAUGAUACACAAUCUAAAUCAAAGAAAGAUGAUGAACUUUUUAAGUUGCUUUUAAUUGUAGGAUCGGAAACUUCACGUUUAUUAUAAAACAUUUCUAUGACGAAUAGAAAAAUUACUAACCGGAGAAUUAAACUAACUUCCUCGUCUCCCUCUUUCUCUCCAUUACACAAGAAUUUCUCCUCGCCACUCACAAAUUUUAUCGCAUUAAUACACUCCGUGAAAAGAACGUAUUGUGUUUGUGGAUAUAUGUAAUUUUACUUAUCAAUAAAUAAAUUACAAAGAUAA